GGCCGCGGUGCACGCCGGGAGGGGGCAGGGGUCAGAGGGCAGCGGUGAGCGCGCGCUCCGCGGCGGCCGCGCCGGGUGAGGAGGCCCCAGGAUGGCGGAGAGACCGGAGGACCUGAACCUGCCCAAUGCCGUCAUCACCCGCAUCAUCAAGGAGGCGCUUCCUGAUGGAGUCAAUAUUUCCAAAGAAGCUCGGAGCGCAAUAUCUCGAGCGGCAAGUGUGUUUGUUCUUUAUGCAACAUCAUGUGCGAAUAACUUUGCGAUGAAGGGGAAGAGGAAAACGCUGAACGCUGGCGAUGUUCUCUCUGCCAUGGAGGAAAUGGAGUUUCAGCGAUUUGUAGCCCCCUUGAAAGAAUCACUGGAAGUUUACAGGCGUGAACAGAAAGGAAAGAAAGAAGCAAGGAAAGACAAGGACAAGAAGGCAGACUCAGAGGAGCAAGAUAAGAGCCGAGAGGAAGAGAAUGAUGAUGAUGACGAAAGGAUGGAGGAAGAAGAGCAAAAUGAUGAGGAAGAGGUGGACAACUGAGCUUGCUGACGAGACGCGUGCAGGGGUCGGGGUUUCUUCAGGGGGAUAUAAAUGCUGUCAAUCAACUUUGCUGUGUCCCCUCUUGUUUCCAGUAGAGCUUUGUUCUGUUCCGCUGGGGCCUGCCCCUUUUUGGCUUUAACUUGUACAUAAAGGACUUUUGCUAAAGCUUUUCUCGAGGAAGGACCGCUCCUCCCCGUGCACUCUCCCCAGGUUUGGAACGGGACUGGAUGGGACUGGGCUUUUUACGCUGGGUUGGCUCUGAAAUAGAGGAAAAAAAAAAGAGAUGUCGGAUGCUCAGUACAGAAGCUGGCCAGGAGAACUUGAGAGACUGCUGAAUAAGCUCGUUAAACCAAGUCAGGGGAUGAAUCAAAUAGGUCAUUGACCGUUUGGGGUUUAGAAUCGCCAAGAUGAUGUCAGGAGGCUUGGAAGCUGAACAUUUAAGCUCUUUAUCCAAGUGGCUUGGUUUUUUCCUUCAUUUUCUUGCAUUCUGGCUGUGCCUUCUCUUCCUGCUGUCCCUGUGACAGUUACCACUCGUACGCAGCAAUACGGUGUAACCGUGCAAGGACCGGUGUCCGCUUGUCUGACUUUCUCCCCCAAAUCAACUGAAAUCAAAAAAACUCCACAGCGCUUAAGAUGUAAACUAAAUACCGAAAGUGCUUGGUUUGUGUCUUUUUAAAGCCCUGGGAGACCAAGAGGAGUUUUAUUAAAAAUCCGAAGCAAAAUUAAUGGCUAAAAUGUGUAUCAGGAUAAAAAAAGGUGGCUGUAUCAGGCGGUACCUUUGUUGCAGGUCAGCAGCGGGCACCGGUGGAUGGGAUGCUCUCGCCUCCGUUCCCUCUGCGGAGCUGCAGGUCCUGCAGACAGGGUGGAGACUGCAGCAGGUUUAAGCGUGGUAGAAUAGAGUGCUGGAUUUUGGUGGCUUUUCGGUGUGGUUUGGGGUUUUUUCCCCCAACUAGAAGGGACAAAUCGCAUCAAAGGUCCCUCGUGAGCCUUAGAUGCUGCCUCCCGCUGUGACAGGCUCCAGGAGAGCAGCGAGGACAGGACAUUCCUGCCCAGGAAGGGCAGCCUCGGGCCUCUGGUUUUUAAAAUCUCUAAGAAAAAUGGGUUGAAAUAAGCUGUUGGGAUUCCUAGCACUCAUAUAGGUUUGUUCUUUUAUACUUGAAUUGUUAGUUUUGAUGCCUUUCCUUUCUCUUCUCUGAGAAAAUAUCUGUUAGAAUAAGCUCUUUUGGGGGGAAAAAAGCUCUAUUAUUUGCCUGAUCUUUUUGAAGACUAAUACACCCAGUAUUUGAACUUAACCAAGGUGUGGUGAGGGAAACUUGAGGAAAGCUUUAGGUAUGUUUAAGUAAAACCCACGAGUUUUGCUGAUAUGCAGAGCUACCCCCAAGAGCUGCCCUGCCUUUGCUUUUAUGGCACAAUGGCUUUCCACACACACGGGCCCAGCUCUUGAAAAGAACUGAAUCAACAAAGAUUUUCUGAAAAGACUGAGUUAAGGAUGCCUUCCCAAGAUCUCCAGUAACAAAAACGGCCUGCCAUCUAGCUCUUUUUCCUCUUUUUUUUUUUUUUUUUUUUCUUUUUUUCCUCUUCUACUACAUAUCUGGGGUGCAUAUUCUGGAAGGGAACAAUAUCUAAAUAAA